AUGGAAGCUCUGGAGGAUAAUAAUGUCAGGAGGAUCGGUGUCCACGGAAUGGGUGGUGUUGGCAAGACCACCCUUCUGGAUGAGGUCGAAAGUAAGGCCAAGGAGUCGAACAGGUUUGAUGAAGUCAUAAGGAAGCUCAUAUCAAAGAACCCAAACAUUAAGGUAAUCGGAGCGGAAAUCGACAACAUAUUGGGCAAGCUGGACAAGAAAGAUGGUGGGAGGGGUUCUGGAAAGAGGAAGGCCUUCAUUAUCCUUGAUGAUCUAUGGGAGGAGCUUCACUUGAAGCGGAUCGGGAUUGAAGAUAGCUACCAGAAUGUGGAAGUGAAGUUGCUGCUCACCUCCCGAAAUCAAGAUCUGCUGGCCAACAAAAUGGGUUGCCGACCAAACCUCCAUCUUACUCACUUGAGUCCGGUGGAAACAGCAAAGUUGUUUGCUGAGAUAGCAGGUAACGAAUUUGGGGACCCUAAAACGGAUACUCUGGCAGCUAACUUAGUCAAGAAGGUUGAAGGCUUGCCUCUCUUUAUCGUGCUGCUCGCAACGAUGUUGAAGAACAAGGUUAUCUCUACUUGGGAAGAAGCAGUCGAGCACAUUAACAAAUCAGAAGCUGGUUACUCGGCCCCGGAGUUGAGUUACCAGUCUUUAGAAGAAGAGAAGUACAAGGAGUUGUUCCUACUUUGCGGUCUCAUGGGAAACCAGAACAUCCCACUUAAAGCCUCGUCACUGCUGCUCCAAGGUGAUGACAACGAUCAUGUCAAAAUCCACGACGUGUUUCGUGAAUUUUCAACAAAAAUCGCAAAUAAAGAUGGCGGUCAUUUGGUGUUCAGCACCUUUAUUUCACAUGCGGGAGAUUACGCCAAUGCCCAAGGGGAUGACUUCAAUGCUCAAAAUUCCAUAUCCAAAGGAAACCGUUUCAAAGUCCCAAAUUUCUUUUUCAAAGGCAUGAGGAAGCUUAGAGUCUUAGAUAUUAGGAGUGAAAACUUUACCUCCUUACCUCCAUCAGUUCUUUUGCUGCAAAAUUUGACAACAUUAUGUCUGGACAAUUGCGUCAUAGAGGAUAUUAGCAUCAUUGGGAAGCUAAAGAGACUGCAAGUCCUCAGCUUCAUGGGUUCUGAGAUUGAGCAUUUGCCAAAAGAGCUAGGAGGACUAACCAAUCUGGUACUAUUGGAUUUGAGCAAAUGCUCGAAGCUAAAAGUGAUAGAACCAGGGAUACUGGAAAGACUGACCAAACUGGAGGAUUUGUAUCUCGAAAAAAGUUUCGACCAGUGGGAGGGUGAAGGAGAUGCAGCGCAAGUUAAUGCUAGGCUUGCUGAGUUAAACAACAUGCCUCGGCUAAGGACACUAGAUGUGCGUGUUUCUAAUCCCAAGUUACUCCUUCAGGACCUGCCGUUCGGAAAAUUGGAAAGACAUCGAAUACUUGUUGGUGGUAAAUGGGAUUGGUCAGGCAGUUAUGAAGAGCUACGGACCAUGAAGCUUGAGGUGGAGAGGUCAGAUGUUCUGUCUCAACAAUGGCUUCAGCUUACCCUGCAGAAGGUUCAAGAUCUUCACCUGAAAGGCAUAUCGGAAGGUACUUGUCUGAGCGUUCACGCGCUAUGUGUAGAAGGUUUUAUGCAACUAAAGCACCUUCGUGUCGAAAGUAGCACUGCCUUCCAAUGUAUAGUCUCCUCAGCAGAGUGGUUAGCUCAUGACGCUUUUACAAUGUUAGAGUCCUUAUUGCUUCAGCACCUGGACAAUUUGGAGAAGAUCUGUCACGGCCCUGUCACACCCCUUUCUUUUGGUAGACUGAAAUUGAUAAAAGUCAAAAAGUGUGGCAAGUUGAAAAACAUGUUCUCUCUUUCCUCAAUGAAAAGCCUUUCACAGCUCGAAGAGAUUGAAGUGACUGAAUGCAAGAUGAUGCAAGAGGUUGUUUCAGAUGAGAGCAAAGAUGAUGACGAUAAGGAGAAGGUAGCCAGUGGAUGUUGGGAAUGCUAUAGUACGAUGAACAGUCUCUUCUGUGUUCCACGUAUUGCAGGCCCUGAACAGCCCGGGGAGUCUGAUCAGAUAAGUAGAACCAAGAGGAUACCUGCAUUAUUCACGAAACGGACAGAGGGUGGAUAUAAGGGAAAACGGGUUGUUGAGCUGGCAAAUCUACGUCGUUUGACUCUGCGAGACUUACCAGAGAUCAAAACAUUCUUCACCAGAGCAAAUCCGCAGAAGCCCCAGGAGAUAGCACCAGACAUUUUCUUGGAUGGCCAACAGGUUUGGCUGCCCAAGUUGCAGAGUUUGGAAAUUCUUGGCUGUCAUCAACUCUCGAAAGUUUUCGACUCCAAUUUGUUGAUGGAGCUGCAGAGUCUGGAAUCAUUAGAAAUUACUGGGUGUAAUAUGUUAACAGAAGUCUUCAAUCUUGAAGGGAUAAAUACUAAACGUGGGUAUAAUGAUGGUAUCCUCCCUCAGCUGAGCAAGAUCAGGCUAGUCUUGUUGCCGAAACUGAGUUGCAUAUGGAGCAAGUGUCCUCGAGGAGAAGUAGCGGCAUUCCAAAACUUAAGUGAGUUGGCAGUAAGCAGUUGCGAUGAGUUGAGAUACUUGUUUACCCCAUCGAUGGCUAAAGCAACGGCGAAACUGACAAAAUUAAGUUUGUAUGGCUGUGAGAAGAUGGAGGCAAUCAUAAUGGACGAAGAUGAUGGGAAAAUGGAAAGUGCGUCGUCAUGCAAUAUAAAAGAAUUCCCAUCGUUGAAGGUCUUGUGGAUAUGGCGGUGUCCCAACUUGAAGGAAUUCUAUUCGAUUAGAGGGGUCAGUUGUUGUUGUUGUUGUUGUUGCUAUGGAGUCGCAGAAUUCAGCAACCCAGCCUUCAGAUUCUCUCUGUGUUGUGGGGAGAAAGAGAAAGAUCAUCACCAGGAGGCGGUCAAUUCAACGAAGACAGUCUUCUUCAAUCGAAUGGUUCUCCUCCCGAGGUUGAUGGGGAUGACGCUCUACGAGGUAGGAGAAUUCGAGAAGAUAUGGGACAAUAAUAAACUCCCUGAAAGUAAAACAUCAUCUAAUUUCAGCAAACUGGAGACCAUCUGGGUUUAUAAAUGCAAGAAGCUUCGCACGGUCUUUCCUUUAACUUCAACAGAGAAGAGGUGGCAGAAUCUUAAAGAGGUCCGGAUAAGUGAUUGUGAAUUUUUGGAAUCUGUAUUUGAAGUUGAUGGCAAUGGGCGGGAGUACUCAGAUAAUAAAGUGAAGCGCACGACAGCAAUAAUGCUCUUUGAAUUGCAAAAAUUGUAUUUGUCUGAGUUGCCGAUACUAAAAGGCGUCGUCGUCUUCGACAAGAUGGUGUCCAAAACCAAAACUGUGGUGGGUUUUCCGAAUCUCACAGAACUCACUGUGCGGACUUGCAAGCUUUUAACAGAUCUCAUCCCGCUCACGACAAUGACAACUCUUCUGAAACUGGAGACUCUGCAAAUAACGAGUUGCAAGGGCAUGCGGAAGGUUGUUACCCGAGGGGACGACAAAGCAGACCAGAUGGAUGAAAUCAUCAUUCCCCGUCUGCAGUCAUUGCAGCUUUCUUCUCUUGAAAGCCUGAAGUAUUUCUUCUAUGGUAGUUCUCCUCCAUUUCGAUUUCCCUCCUUGAAAGAUCUAAAAAUAACUUUUUGUUAUAAGAUGAAGGGGUUCAUUGCUGAGCCUCCAAAUGGAGGACCUCAACUUCAAGAUGAUGAUGUUGCCUCCCAGGGACUUUUCAAUGAGAAGCUCUUUCUUCCAAAUUUGGAGAAAUUACAUAUUAGCGGCAUCAAAUUGAGAGCUCUUUGGAAGGAUCAACUUUCUCCGGGGACCUUCUGCAAAUUAAAACUUCUUAAGGUGGAGAGAUGCGCUAAGCUCCUCAGCAUUGUUCCAUCUUUUAUGCGGAAGAGGCUGCGAAACCUGGAGUGCCUCAGAGUAGAUGAUUGCUCUUCAUUAGAGUGUAUAUAUGAGGGCUUGGAUGCUGGAGAUAGCAGCACAUCAGCCGGAAUGAACCGUCAGACAUACCCCAAAGAUGAAUUGUAUUUGGAGAAACUCCAAGAGCUACAUGUAUUUGAUUGUCUGAAGCUACGAUAUAUAAUUGGGAGCAGAGAAGGAAAGUGCAUACAUGCGGCUCCCAGAAUCGUAAUACUUACCAAGUUAACAACUCUUGAACUUAAGAAAUUGUCAGCACUUUGUAAGUUUUGGCAGGGGAGCUUAUGCACUUUAGAGUUGCCAUCCUUGAAUAAGUGGCUUGUCAGAGAGUGUGGAGGUAUAGAGGAGGCCGUGAGUGAUGCUGUAGAUAUACUACAACAAGAUUUAGACGACCACAUUAUUCAGCAAAAGAGACUGCCGGCUGCAAUUCCCGACUUGCCAAUUCUGGACUUUACGGAUUGGAACGAUGAGCUGAUAGAGCACAUAUUGAGUGUUCGUCAAUCUCAUCCUGAAGUUUUGCAUGGAGUACGAUUUCUGGCGGUGGAAAGUUUUGUUGUCACAUCUGCUAUAUAUGCAUCAAGUCUGCUCUUUAAAUUGUGGAAACUUGAGCAGCUCAUACUUGCUGAUGCUUCGCUGGAAGUUCUAUUCACAUGUGAAGUUGCUCCUUCAGCUCUUGUUAAUAAGGACAGCCCUGGGAAUGUUGUUGCCGCACCGCUAAGGAGAUUGAAGCUGGUCCGAUGUCCCGAGCUAUUCAAUAUUUGGAAGGGAGACGAAUGUACUUUCUCAAAACAUUUAGAAACCCUUCAAGUGUCUGAAUGUGCCAAAUUGAUCAGUGUGCUGCCACCCCUGACAACUUUUCAGAAUUUGACAUCUUUAGAGGUAUCAAAAUGCCAUCGGUUAAAAGCUCUCUUGACAGUUUCAACAGUGAAGUGUCUCCCGCAGCUUGCAAAAAUAAGUGUAGUAGAAUGCGAUGCCUUGACAGAAAUAAUGGCUUGUGGCGAAUCUAGCGAUAGCGACGGACCAGAGGAGAUUGCUUUUAGUCGACUGAAAGUACUGCAGCUUGACUAUUUGAUGAAUAUUGAGCACUUCUGUUCAGGAAGCUCCCUUAAACUCCCAUCGUUGACAGAGCUAACCAUGGUGGGAUGUCCCUUGAUGAAAAUCUUCUGUCAAGGUGAUAUAAGCACUCCGAAGUUGCAGGACAUAGAGGUAAGAAGAGUACAAUGGGAUGGCUCCAGAAAAUCAGGAUACAGUUACAAACUGUACAGUGACCUUAACACAACAAUGAAAAAGUUGUUCUCUGAAAAGACACUACUGUCCUCGAUGAAUUCAUUAAAGAUCUCUGAGUCCAUCGAGUGGAAAGAGAUAUGGCUUGGCACUGGCAGUCUUCUUUCUGGGACUUUCGGAGCCUUGAAAUAUCUUACUAUAGAGGAUUGUGGGUUUUUGACGGUAGCAGCUGUUCCAUCUGAUAAGUCCCUCCUCUUAAUUUGGCCGCUUCGGAAAUUAGAGAUAAGAAACUGCGGUGCAGUACAAGAAGUGUUUGAGCCUCCGAGGGCAGAUGAUGCAUUGGCAAAUUUAUGCUUGUGGGAGCUUCACUUGAGAGAUCUUCCGAUGUUGAGGCUAAUCUUCCCCAAAGAUUUCCACAGAACUUUCAGCUUCAUCCAACUUCACACUCUUCAAGUUCACAAUUGCAGUUGCCUGUUAAACAUACUUACGCCCAAUAUGGUGCUGCAUCUUCCAAGCAUCAAGCAAAUUGAAAUCAAGGACUGCACAAUGCUGGAGGAAAUCAUCGCAAAAGAGAAGGAAGGUGAGGAAAUUCAGGAGAGUAUAAUCAGGUUUCCUAAAUUAAAAAAUUUAGUCCUCGACGGUCUGGCGGCAUUGAAGAGCUUCUACCCCGGUGAUUGCCGUCUAGAAUUCCCAUCCCUAGGAACGAUGACCAUCAAGAACUGCCCCGAAAUGGUCAGAUUCGCACACCCAACUGCUUCAAUUAGAGAGGAUGAUGACGUAAGCAACACAAGGGACGUUAUUGAUCAGGAAAUUGCCUCCCAGUCUGCAUUCUUCAGUGAGAAGGUUUCCUUCCCCAAAUUAAGGAUACUCACACUUUCUCACACAAAUAGACCGUGUGAAAUAUGGCAGCAUGAUCAACUCUCUGGCGAGUCGUUUCAUCAAUUGAAGGAAAUCGAGAUUGAAAGCUACAGGUGCUUGAGAUAUGUACUGACCCCCACUCUGGUGCAAUAUUUCACAAAGCUUGAACGAAUUGAAAUCAAGGACUGUAAAAUGCUGGGAGAAAUUAUUGGGAAAGAGAAGGAAGAGGAGGAUGGUCCAGAGCAUUGUAUCAAGUUUCCCAUGUUAAGCUAUAUAGUUGUGGACUCCUUGCAGAAAUUGAUUAGUUUCUACCAGGGUGAUUCCCUUCUACAAUGCCCAUCCUUGAAAGUCAUGAUAAUAAAAAACUGCCCCGAGAUGAGGGCAUUCACUUGUCCAGUUUUGAUGGAUGCUGAGGGAAGCAGAGAUCAACUCGGUGAAGGUGACAUCCAUAUACAAACUGAACCAUUUUUCAAUGAGAAGGUUUUGUUCCCUGACUUGAAGAAAUUAAUACUUUCUGGCUUGGAUAGUUUGAGCACUAUAUGGCAUAACGAAUUUUAUGGGGACUCAUUUCGUCAAUUGGAGGAAAUCAAUAUUGAAAGUUGUGGAAUGCUGCGGAAAGUGUUUCCACCAAUCACUCUCCAAAGAUGCAUGUGCCUGAAGACACUAGCCGUAACUGGUUGCGGUUCAUUGGAAGUAGUAUUCGAUCUCGUGGGGCUAGCUGCCAUGGUAGAUAAUGAUGAUGAAAUUCAUGAAGACAAUGAACAAGGUGAAGCCUCGACAGUUGCAUCGUUGGGAAAACUAAAGAUAUCACGACUGCCAAAGCUAAGGAGUUUGUGGAAUGUUGACAAAAAAGGCAUUGUAAGCUUUGAAAACCUGAAGGAGGCACAUGUGCGUGAAUGCCCGAAACUCGUAAAUCUUUUUCCGGCCUCUAUAGCCAGAGGUCUUACGAGACUUGAGAGGCUGAAUAUAGAAGAAUGUGGUUUAGAAUGGAUUGUUGCCAAAGGAGAAGAAGCAAUUGAAAGGUUCGUGUUCCAGGAGGCUGCCUUCUUGAAGCUUUGGAGGUUACCAAAGCUUGAGGGUUUCUAUCCCUCAGUACAUCGUUCUGAAUGGCCUAUGCUAAAACAGUUGGUGGUGCAUGGAUGCAACAAAGUUGAAGCAUUUGUUUCAGGGCCUGGGAGCCUUCAUCAGACUAAUGCGGAAGGUCGUGAGGUUGCUGCCAAGCCACCGCUCUCCUCAGUUGACAAGGAUGCGUUCCCCAAUUUACUUAGCUUGAGCAUUGAAGCCAUGGAAGAAAUAUGGUCUCACCAGUUCAGCGGGGAAAUUUUUCUCAAGUUAAAGAAUUUGAAGAUAAACAACUCAAAGGAUUUGGCAGCUGAUCUCCCCGCUCAUAGAUUACAGAAUUUGGGUAAACUUGUCCUGAGCAAAUGUCAUUUCAAAGACCUUAAGUCGCAUGAAGGAUCUCCUGUCAAAGGUGUAACAGGGCAGCGCGUGCACCAAGUCCCACAUAAUGGUGCUCUUCCACAUUUGGGAGUCCUUCAAGUAUCAGAGUGUUCAGGCUUAGCAAACUUGGAUCAAUUGCCACUGUCAUUCCAAAGCCUGACGGUUCUGAAAGUAUCGGCUUGUCAUGAAUUGCUGUGUCUAAUGUCAUCUGCAACGGCAAAAAGCCUCAUCCGACUUACUCAUAUGACCAUAGAGAAUUGCAGAGUUAUGGAGGAGGUGGUUGCAAAUGAAGAUUAUGUGCAAGCAAAUGAUGAGAUUACUUUUGAGCAGUUACAGAAGUUGACUUUAAGUUCAUUACCAGAGCUCGCCAGCUUCUCCAGAGGAAAUUUCAAUGUCAACUUUCCGUCCCUUUGGAAAGUGUCUCUGAGUGAAUGCCCCAAGAUGGAACUUUUCUUCCAUGGAACCUUAAGCACGCCUAUGUUAGCGAUAGCUCAGAUAUCAGGGAAAGCCAUCUUUGUUCAUGAUCACAACCUUAAUGCAGCAAUGCUGGAGAGAUCUCAAGCAACAGGCGGUCAACUCGAAAAACAGAGCGAGGUGGAGCAACAUCACGAGAAUUCUUGGGCAGGCACAUCAUCAGACAGUGAAUUGUCUUCUUUAAUAUAAGUUGGUACUCUUUCUUCUUUGUUGUGCUUUCAAGCUUUGUUUUCGGUGGAUUCAUCAGGGGUGAGCGCCUUAGUUAGCAAAAAGGAUCUGUUAUCUGAAGUAGUUAAAGAGGUAUCUAAAAGCGCAAGCUAUAAACCUGUGUUCCUCUACUUUAAAGCUGCUCUGCUUAUAAAUAAGCAAGAGCUUUGUAGUUUGGAUGGGAUACGGCUGUCAGUAAAUAAACAGUGGUGGAUCGAUCAGGUAAGUUUGUUGGAAACACGAGUAACAGUCAACAGAUGAACUAUUAAUAAGCUGCGAGAACUGGAAUUUGAGGUCUGUAUAAUUCUAAUAUCAGCCUUAUUAACAGAA